CUAUUCUUCCUUGGCCACAAGAGCAUAAUGCAACCUGAAUAUUCAAAUGAACUGGCUGGUUGCACAAUGCCUGCAUUUUCAAUGUUGUAUAUUUCUAUAUUUGGAUAGCAGUCUAAACUCUUGAGCUCGUUUCAUGACGGCCAUUCAGGUUUGUAUUCAAAUGGAGAGACAAGUUUGGCGUCGUUCUCUGCUCCGAGGGCAGAGCCAAGCUGGUCCGGGAUCAUCAAAUACGAUGAUAGCAAUCCGUACUACACCCACGAGGUUCUUAGCAAAAGCAGGCAGAACUUCACCGGCUCGACGUCGUCCGACACUAUGGAAGGCUGGCACUUCCCCUUUCUACACGAAGGAGACCCAAUGAGCUUCAGUGCAGGCGCGGCGGCCCUCGAGAUCCCCGUGUGCCAGCCUCUCCUGAUGGCCGUCACCCCGCCCCCACCCGAGAGCAGCAGCAGCAUCGUGCUCAGCUCUGAUUGUGUUCUCUCUAUUCUGUCGUCCCCGGCCAACUCCUCCAGCAUGGACAUCACCCAGAUGGUCCGUCCAAGCGAGCAAAUCCCUUCUGUGGCCCAGCAGUGCCUCGUUCCCGACCAGCAGUUCAGCAGCUCCUCCUGGUUCGCCUGCUCCCAGGCCUCCAGCGGUGUCUGCACUGCCGCCGGGUUCGCCGCCUUACCCAGCAUGGACAUCGAGCAGCUCAACACUGGCGCGCAGGUCCUGAGCUGGAACGACAACGAGAUGAACUGCCAUGGGAUCUUCCACGUCGGCGCUGAUGGCUACUCGGAAGGGACGUCGCCGUACUUCCAGUUCUCGUGGCAGUAGAAGUCUUGGGUUCUUAUGUUCACUAACUAAGCUGUGCCCCAUUUAGUUCUCUCUUUUUCAUAUUUCUGUCCUGGACUUCAUCCCUCGGCAUUAGAGUGAAUAA